GGCUAAAGAAAAAAAACUGAGAGCGGCCAGGGCAAUAUGAAAAAUCUGUUAGUGCUUUCCACCUACGUAUGUACACAGGUGACACUUAUGUAACACAGUAAGUCUGUUUUUUUUACUUGAACUGGCUAUACUAGUUCAGAGUUUAUCUUUAUUUUUCCAAUGUGGAGUAAAAAAGAUAAACUAGUGCAGCCAGUUCAGAUAAAAAGAACAGACCUAGUGUACACUGUACGUAGCUGGAAAGAGCCCAUAGUCAUGGCGGAUGAUCACUUGACUAAUAUUGUUAUCUCGUUAUUCUCUCUGAUCUCUGAUAGUUUCAUAGCAGUGUUAACAUUAUGGAUUAUUUGAUGCAAAUCUUGUAUUGAAUAAAAUGCGGUUUCAAUGACAUAAUGGCGGGAACUUUCAUCUAGACUGACAAAUGAACAAAUUCGAAGUUUUCUCUGCGAAAACUGCAACUGUGGUCUUUCUUGCAUAAAACUGUCUACCGGCACAGCUCCAACGAUACCGCAAGAGAUAGUUCACACAAUUUCACCCGACUCACUUCCUCUCUGUGUGAUAAUACACGCAGGAAACCAAAAAUGUGAAUCAUUGGUAAAUAUAAAUAAACCACGAGAGCGGAAAAUGAUUACGAGCUCUCUCAUUCCGUAAUUUUACGUCACGUUUACGGGAAUAGAUAUAUUGCAAAAAUUAUUCGUCGUUUGUAAACGAGCGCGUAUCGAAAAAUGUACGCGCCGAGAAGGAAGGUCUUCUGGUUUGCAAUCGUCAGCAGACUCGCGAUAUUUAUGUUGCAAGUUAUUUUCAAUGCGUUAGUUCCCGAUCAUCAGGCAGACGCGUUCAGACGACCCUCGGAUCCCUCGGAGGAAGUUUCUCCGUGGGAUCGGGCGGUUUAUUUCUUAUUCAACGGUCUAACGCGAUGGGACGGGGAAUAUUUUCUGCAUGUCGCGAGAUACGGAUACACGUACGAGAACAGUCUCGCGUUUUAUCCGUUGUAUCCGAUCUCGAUUCGCGUUCUCGCCACUUUUUUGUCGAAGGUUUGUCCCGUGACGUUAAAUAUUCAAAGCGCGAUGAUCCUCGCCGCGGUUUUUCUUAACUUCGCGUGUUUCGUCAAGUCGGCUCUUGUUCUCUACGAUCUCACGGAACGCGUGUUUCAGAACACCGUAACGGCGUACAAAGCGGCGAUACUUUACUGCGCGAACCCGGCUAGCAUAUUCUUCUCGGCUGCGUAUUCCGAAUCUUUGUUCGCUUAUUUAACGUUUUAUAUCAUGCGCGCGAGCAUAGAACGCUUACCUAACGUUUGCUAUCCGUUAGGUUUGUCGAUCUUAACGAGAUCGAACGGCAUGAUCAAUAUCGGUUUUCCCGUUUAUUUCGGACUCAGGCAUUUGUGCGAUGUCGCGUGGAAAGAUACGGACGGACAACAAGGAAAGUGGCGAUUUUUAUUGUUCUUGCGACGUGUUUCGCGACUAGUCACGUUAAGAGACUGUUUUGCCGUGUUUAGCACGGCGAUCAUAUCGUUAGCUCCGUUUUGCCUCUUGCAGAUGUACAACUACGCGAAAUUCUGCACCUCUCUGUUUGAUCACAAUAAGUCGUCGCCGCCUGUUCACGUCGCGCGAUAUGCCGCGAAAAAUAAUCUCGUUCAACCGGGGAUGACGGAGUCAGCGUGGUGCAACGCUCGCGUGCCUUUAGCUUAUUCGUACGUGCAAAAAACGUACUGGAACGUCGGGUUUUUGGAAUAUUACAACUUCAAACAGAUACCAAAUUUUAUUUUGGCUUUUCCGAUAUUGUAUAUCACUCUGCGAUGCGCAAAAGAGUUUGUCCGUGAACACAAGGACGAAUUGUAUUCGCUAGGUUUAUUCGAUAGAAAAACAAAACGUGAAAGUGCUCAGACGUAUCCGUUAAUUAUGUUCGUCUUUGUGGCUCACGGAUUAUUUCUAACGAUAUUUUGUCUAUUGUUCGCACACAUCCAGAUCAGUACGCGUCUAUUGUGCUCCGCGAGCCCUCUGAUAUAUUGGUACUGCGCCUCGAUCAUGUCUCACGAUCGCGUUGAUUCCGAAUACGAGAUUGGCGAGAACGCGUACUCCAGAUGGAAAGUAUUUUUCUUAUCACAAAAACGAUACACAACGCGAGACAAACUUGUGCUAUUGUAUUUUAUAGGAUACACGAUUGUAGGAUGUUUCAUGUUUUCGAAUUUCUUACCUUGGACUUGACACGAUUACGUUCCGUAGACAUACGUGAACGUAUGUUUAUUUAUUAUAAAAUGCAUUUCUUUUUUUUUUUUUAAUUACAUCGGAGAUAUAUUGAUGUUGAAAAUGAUUUGCAGAUUCUUUGCAGGCAAGAAUGAAUUGUAUACGUGUGCGUAAAAGUUGUUGAAACACAUGAAUAUUUAUGUAUGUAGAUAUCAUCAUGUGAGAAUUUUGCGAAUGAAUAUCAGUCAUUUAAAAAAAUA